GUCUAUAAAAAAGUUAACCAUGCUGUUAUUGGUGGUUUUGCUGGGAACUGCAUUGUCUAUAAAGGGUGGCUCGAGUGAGGAAACAGAAGUGCUGGUGAGCGCAGGUUCAACAGCAGUGCUGCCCUGUGAAGUCAGUGGUCUUUCCUCCCCCAUUCGUGUGCUGUGGACGAGAAGCAGCCAGAGGCAAUCCCGCAACCAGGUCCAGACCACUGUGUGGCGUGUAGAGCCAAGUGGAAUGGAAUUUCGGGGAGUAGGGGUUGGCCAGAGGUCCCGGUGCUCCCACGCUAACUUUAAUAAAGGCGACUUCAGCCUCCAGAUAGAAAACGUGAGUGCUGAGGAUGGAGGAGAGUAUUUCUGCACAGUGACAAAUCAAAGGAAGACAACCAAAAAGCAAGUGAUUCUUAGGGUGAUUGAAGUGUCCGUCACAUCACAUCAGCCAGUGGAAGGCAGCGAUGUGGUAAUAACUUGCAACAUCAUGCCUCCGGUGAGCAUGGUGACAGUAAACUGGAGCUUCAAUGGCAGCUCAUUCCCAGCAGAUAAUAGGGAUCGGCUACAACGGAGGCAGAGGAAAGGUGUGACGGAUUAUGAGAUUUUGGGUGUGUCUCCAAGGCAUACGGGUACUUGGACAUGCAUUGUCCAGCACAAUGGGAAUGAAGGAAAGGCGAGUCAGUCCCUGACUGUGGCAGGUAUCACCAGUCCAGCCCAGGAAAUGAUUCAGGUCUAUGCUGAAGUGGGCUCUCUGGCAUGGUUGCCCUGUGUGUACACUGUGGGGGUGGUCCCAGAGCACCCAAGCUGGAGCAGAGACAGUGAUAGCCUUAGCCCUUUUAAAGGCCUUCCUUCUUUGUUCCGUGCCUCAUCUCAGUCUUCCCGUCCACCCUGGGACCAGUCAGCAGAGAUUGAGAGGGUGGAUGCCAGGGACCAAGGGAUGUACAGAUGUUCAGGCACUUUGGAAGGAAAGAGAGUGCAGAGGCAACUGCAGCUGGUGACAGCCCAAGUAGUUACAACUGGCUUGAAAAACACCCCAAAGACACUGAUCUGCCAGCUCAGCAAUACAACAGGCAUCAGCAGCUAUGAGUGGGUUUGGGUGACUAAUGACGCCAGUGGCUCCCAAGCAGUUACCCCAUUCCACUGGGAAAAGUCUUUGAAUAUUGACAAAAUACAAAGGAGGGGUCCCGGAGAAUGUUUAUGUCGAUACUUCGGGAAGCAGGGCAUCCUGGGGAAUGCAACUUAUCAUGAACCUUUCACAUAUGCUCUGCAAGGAGAGAAGAAACCAGGGAAUGUUAGUGCAGGCAUGAUAACUGGCCUUGUCAUAUUCUUCUUGGUGUUGCUGUUGAUUGUGCUCCAGAUGUACAAAAACUAUCGUAGGCGGAAGAUGAUACUGCCAUAUCCUGCCCUGGAAACCAUUGUGCACUCCUCCGUUAAUGCCCAAGAACACAACAGGCAGAACAGAGCAGACACGAAAGUGAAGAAUCAGCAAACAACAGUCUAACGGCAACAAAGAUAUUCUGCCGCUUAACGAACAAAUGAAUCUAGUGGCCCACGGGCAUUGUUGAAGCCUAAUUUUUCUUUGACAUCUUGAAAUACUAUAAUACUACUUGUGUGAGAGUGGACAAUUUGCGUGAAAUGUGACUAUGCAUUGUGGAUGGUGAUUGUCUGAGUAUAUCUGCGAAUUAUACGCAGCCAU